UUUCAUAAAAAAACAUAAAAGCAGAUCCCUCUAACUACUUGUUAGUAUAUCUCUGCAAAUAUAAACGAUAUGCAAGAUGGAGUGCAAAUAAUCUCAAAGGAGGUGAUGAAGCCCUCACCUCAUACCUUCAAAAACCUCAAAUUGUCAUACAUAGACAGAUCAUUACCAUCUAUUUACAUUCCUUUCAUCUUCUUCUACAACGCCGAUGAGCCAACCGGCCUCAACACCUCCAACCAUAUCCAAAUAUCUCAAAUCUUGAAACACUCUCUCUUAGCUACUCUGCCUUCUUUCUACCCGUUAGCCGGCAAGCUCAAACACGGUAUGUAUGUAGACUGCUCUGACAGUGCCUCCGGCUUUGAGUUCGUUGAAGCCAAGGUUCACUCUGAACUCGAAACUGCCUUGCAAGGAUCCACCGUGACAGAUAUGAAGCUUCUCCUCCCUUCGUAUUGUACGGAUUUCGACCAUGCUGGAUGGCCACUUCUCGUCGUGCAGGUCACCUUCUUCGAUUGCGGGGGGCUCGCCAUCGCCAUCAGCGUCUCCCACAAGAUCGCUGAUUUCGCCUCCGCAAUGUCUUUCGUUGCUGCCUGGGCAGCAACAUGCCGAGGCGAAAAGACAGAGAUUCCUCCAUCCAUAUUAGGCACGUACCCGUAUUUCCGGCCCUUGAGUUGGGUCCCGUUUUCACCGUUGAUGAAGUAUUACAAGCCCAGUGACGAAUACGUGACCGAGAGAUUCAUUUUCGACAAGAAGAAGAUCGAUAUUCUCCGACAAGCCACCACGGCCUCGCCGGAAUCCGCCACAAAAGACCCGUCACGAGUGGAGCUGGUGUCGGCGUUCAUAUGGAAGCAUUUCAUUGCGGCGAGAUCGAAGAAGAACAAGAUAUUCGCCGCUCAGAUGGCAGUGAGCCUGAGGCAGAGAACGGACCCGCCCGGGAUUCUCGAAAACGUGUUCGGAAACUGCUUCAUGUCGUCGCUGGCGUUCGGGGAUCCUUCUAGAGAGCUGCACCAUCUCGUGAGCAGGCUGAGGGAGGCGAUACGAAAAGUGAGAGAUGGAUAUAUCACCAAGAUGAUGAGUAGAGAGUGUUACUUGAAGGAACUGGCGAUGCUCGCAGUGCUGAUGGUGACGGGGCAAAUGGAGUGGUGCUACUUCACGAGCUGGCGGGGGUUCUCAGCGUACAAGGUGGAUUACGGGUGGGGCCAGCCGUGCCGGUUCGCGACGCCGUCCUUGGCGAUCAAGAAUAUGGUGGUUUUGGUCAACAGCGGCGGAGAUGAUAUUGAGGCAAUAGUCACCAUGCUGCCGGAGGUGGUGCAGGCGGUUGGGGCACAAAUCAAACUCAUUUCCCUAAAUGUCAAUUGAGGCUUAGGAGUCGUUGUUACCUGACCUGGCAGACGCAAAGGAGAUGAAUUUGAGAUGAAAUCAUAUGUCGUCGUCUAGACCUGGGAGGAUCAGAAGUUGGCGACAGGAGCAGAAAGGAGCAAAGAGCAGAUUUUUAGAGCAUCUUGUUCAAGGGCAUAAGCGUCAACUCACCAAAAGGAUGCCCUAUGGAUCAGAGCCUCACUUUUAUAUAGAGCUCAACAUUGAAGAAAUAGGACAUCUAUCUCUACACACUCUCUUAGCUCACUUUUGGAGGCUCCAUGUUUUCAUCACUUAGUUCCCCACUUCAAGCACACAUUUCAGUUGCUGCGCACUUGGAUAUGGGGUGAUUUCUGGCCGCCAUGGUGGUUCUCAUCGUUUUGCUGUCGGU